CUAUAAAACCCCUCUCAAACACCUUUAACAAAUCCCCUGCUUCAAAAACUCACUUUCCCAGUUUCCCUGUCCGAAAACCAAAAAUUUCCCACUUCCACCUCAAAAAAUGAGGACCCAUUUGUACAUUUUGUGGACCCUCCUGAUCCUGGGGGUGGCGCAUGUGAGCCGUGCGUCACACCACGCGGCUCCCACGCCGGCGGUGGACUGCUCGACGGUGGUGCUGAACAUGGUGGAUUGUCUGUCGUUUGUGACGAGUGGGAGUACGGUGAGUAAGCCAGAAGGGUCGUGUUGUUCUGGUCUGAAAUCUGUGCUUAAAAGUAAUGCAGAGUGCUUGUGUGAGGCGUUUAAGAAUAGUGCUCAGUUUGGUGUGUCUUUGAAUGUCACUAAAGCCAUGACUCUCCCUGCUGUUUGCAAGAUUUCUACUCCUGUCAAUAACUGUGGAACUCUUUCUCCAAUGGCAUUGCCUCCCAGCUCCAUUUCAGAUGCACCUGCCAUGACAAUUUCAACUGAUGAUGGUACACCAGCACCGUCUCCAGGAAGCUCAGGCGCCUCAUCUGCGCUUGUAGUAUCUGCAUCAUUACUUGUUCUGAGCUUAAUUGUCGCAUCAGUGUCAUUGUUCUGAUCAGCCAUUCUGGUUGUAUGAAGUAGACCAUUGAAGGGAGUAUUGUGAUGUGAUCUUAUCUAUUAGGUGCCAUUCUAUGCAUUUUACACCGGAGGUCCGGUGGUCACAGAUUCCUAGAUUCUACUUAUUGUUAUGGUUCCUGAGGAUGUAUAUUAUUUGAGCAUGUGGACUACUUGUUUCCUCUAAACUUAUGCUAUUCCCUUCA